GCCCAAUUAUCUAAGAUCCAACCCAACAACACGAAACGUGUGCAAAGCACGUGGCACCUCAUCCAUCAUACUCCACCACCCAAUUAUCUAAUCUUUUAACUGAAACAAACAGCCAUCCACACAAACACACACUCUCUCCAUUUUUUCCUCUUUGGUUCAAUCGAGUUGUUCAUAGAUCAGUAGAUGGCUGGUGUCCUCGAAACUCUUACUGUUCCCCGAACUUCCGGCUUUCCGUCGGCGUCUUUGUCUCCGAUCGUUUCUUCUCCUCUUUCUCGGCUCUCUGGUCGCCGGAAUAUUAUAAAACUGCCGGAAUCAAGAGGUUUGAGAAUCCAGUCGUUUGGUUCUUCCGGAUCGGUGAGCUUGAGAGCUAAAUCUGGUCGCCGUGGAGCACGUAUCGUAUGCGAGGCUCAAGAAGCCGUCCAAGUGCUUCCUGUCACUGAUGCAACAUGGCAAUCACUAGUCCUUGAAUCUGGUCUCCCUGUAAUGGUUGAAUUCUGGGCUCCAUGGUGUGGGCCAUGUCGUAUGAUUCACCCAGUGAUAGAUGAACUUGCAAAGGAAUACAAUGGGAAGCUCACUUGUUACAAGGUAAAUACUGAUGAGAGCCCUUCAAUUGCAAGCCGAUAUGGGAUAAGAAGCAUUCCAACUGUCAUUAUAUUCAAAGAUGGAGAGAAGAAAGAUGCUGUCAUUGGUGCAGUUCCUAAAUCAACCCUGUGUAGCUGCAUAGAGAAGUUCUUGUAGAGGUAUUGUUAUGUAUAUACAGUUCUAGAUUUGUUCUUAUUUAGUUCUAUAAUCUGUUUCAUGAUGUCUACCUUUUGAUGUCAUUGGCCUUUGAGCAUCAUCAAUAAUUUCCCCGUAUAGUUGGAUCUUAAUGUAUUUUCUGAAGCCAAACUGCAAAAAAAACCAUUUGACAUGUUUAUUGUUUUCUUUUACUCUUGCUCAAAGUCAAAACCAUUUGACAUCUUCUUCAAGUGGUUUGCUGAGGAAAUCAGACUUAUUUUGAAAGAGAUAACAUUAUUUUGCAAUUAGGAAAGAGUAGAAGAAACUAGGUGGUGGUGUUGGGAUAGUGACAAACUGACAAGGAUGAUGAAAUUGAAAAUGAAGAUUAAUAUAAAAGUAUCAAUAAUAUGAUAAUAUAAUAAACAAAUACCAAAUAUUUACAAAAAGAUUAAAUUAGGAUAAAAUUAUCAUUUCACACUCUUUAACUGUCAAAACUUUAACGAAAUCCAAUUUAGCAAACACCACCGAAUAAAGUAAAACUACAAGGACUUUUUG